AUGGGUGACGAUCCUAAUGCUAUUCAAGGAGCUCGGAGUCUCACAAAUGGAACCGGACUUGGAGAUCUGGCAGGCGGUGGUGAGGAUGGUAGCUUCGAGGGAUUUCUAAGCGCCCUACGGAAUGGACGGAUAGCAUCAGCGUUGAGGCAAGGCACGAACGAUGGUGAUGCGGAUAACGACGGCGCUCCGACACCGCCGCUCAACUUCUAUCGUAUGUUCCGGUUUGGACCGUCAAGUACUACUCCGGAAACCCCACGGGAAGGCGAAGGUGGUGAGAAUGACGAGCCUCGACUCGUACCCAUCAUCAUUGUGGGAAUCCGGUCGGUGCCUCAGGGAUCAGGUGCGAACGGCGGAAAUCUCAACGAAGACCUACCUCCAUUUAUCAAUGCUUUGAGUAAUUUCCCUACGCCUCUUGCAGCAAACGCGCUGGAUAUGCACGACGGACACAGCAUCGACGCUCUACUGAGUCCACCACAAAACGCAUCAUCUUUCCGGGCUCGUCGGCGAGCGAGCAUG